CAUAUUAUCUCGAUCAUCUGCAAUCAAAAUGGCAUAUAAAAUGGUGAAAUAAAACAAUUUUUGCCGUUAUUCGUCGUUGUUUUUACCGUCAUGGAUUCUGCGAUCAAGUAAAUCUCAUAACGUUUUCAUUAAUACUUAACAUAUGGCGAUGAAUAACAGAGAAUCUGCUUCGUCUCACAAUGUGGCGUCACCUUUGCCAUUUUCAACAAUGACAAAUGGACUUGAUUUGAGUUCCAAUAACUUGUUUCCAUCCUUGUCACACGUAAAUAAUGAUAUCAAUACAGCAAUGGAUACUUUGCCUGCAAGUGUUUCUACUGACGAACAGAAUUCGGUGGCAGUUCACAUGUGAGUAUACUGUGCAGUAUAUACUGUAUCUAAAAUUAUCAACAUACAGUAUGUUUAAUAUAUGAUCUUCUGCCCAGCAAAAUUCUCCCAGAGGUAUAAUGUUACACAGCAAGGAUAGUACAAUUCCAGAAUACACGCUUACGGAACGUAUGUCACCUUGGCUUAAUCAAACAAGGAUGAGAGUUGAUGACAUUUUGACCGCCAACUCUCAUUGACUCUCAUUGACUUUGAAAUUGUUCAAAUUUUAACCCAUUGAGCCGCAAUGCACCCCAGUGCGCCCUACUUUUUUUUUAAUUGUCUAACGCCAGACGAUUUUACUUGUCAAUGGGGAAGCUCUGCAGCUUAAUGGGUUAACCAAAAAGUCUGACAAUGUCUCUAGUUAACCCAUUCAGCCACAGUGCGUCCUACUUAUUUCUUUUACUUGUCUAACACAAGACUAUACUAGUACCAUCGAGUACAAAGUCUCAGAAAAUAUUAGUCCAGCAAAGGAGGAAUGAAAGGAGAACACACACUAUCGAAUAAGCAAGUCAAUUUCAUUUUAAAAUUUAUAUUUUAUGACAUAUUUUUACUAUAAUUAUAUACAUUACUAUAAGUCUAUACUGACCCUUGCAAGAUUGGGCUGCUGUGGUAUGAUGCAUUGCAGUAAUGGAUCAACUAUAUACAUGGGAAAUGGUCUGAUCAAACCAAUGAGUGUUAAAAAAAACUUGUGUUCAUGAAGGAGUCUAAAUUCUAACACCUCUGUCCUCGUCCACAGGGGGGUGUAUAUUAAAUAGAAUGAUGGCCCAUGUAAGAUUGCACAUUUUUUAAUGUGUCACAGUGUUCAAUUCCUGCCAGAGGGCCGAUAGUUGCAUUUUUCACAACUGCUCCUGGUUAGGUCUAGUAAAUGUAUAAAAAUUCCACUUGAAAUUUCCGUCUACAAAUCUCUUUGACAAUUAGUUAUAUCGAGCAAGAUGCCCCAAAUCCUGAUAUUUACCUCUAGGCCAAAAACAAAUAUGUCGGUUUCCGGUUUCCUGACCCUACCUAGCUUUUCAGACCUCUCAACUUUGCAGAGAAGUUAAGAGUGAGAUUGGGGAUGUGGAUGACACCUUUGUAAAAGUCCGGGGGUCUGAAAUGGCAUUUCGUACAUUAUGAGAGUUGGUGUAUGUUUUUUAAUGAAAUACGUGAUAACUUCAUAACGUCCUUUAAGACAUAAGGCACUUUAUUUUGACUAAAUCCCAUUGUCCCAGAGCACAAAUCCCAUCAUCUCAGUGGUUGUCCUGCUCAAAUCUUAAUCCCAUUCCCAUUUUCUAUUGUUUUUUGCUGAUGAAUCCCAGUCCCAGUGCAUGAAAUCCCAUUUUCCCACCCAAAAAUAAGCAAAUCCCAGUUCCCAUUUUACCCCUUCAGGACCCUCUACAUAUGCGUACUAUUUUGUAUCCAAAUUCCAUUUAAUUGCGGGCAAAAGCCAAAAUGUGCUGGGCCGUAUAUGCAGGAACAAUAACACGCGAUUAUAUAUUCCAUUCGCGAUCCGUAUAAUGAUUAAUAACAGUGUGCAUUUAAGAAUACAAUAUCAUAUUUAUUUAUUGAAAAAAUACUGUGAAACUGCUAUAUGCGUGAGAUUUACUAAACGUGGCGUGAGAGUGUGAGAGUGAAGCGAAUUGCGCGAGACUCACGCCGAAUGCGUGAGAGUUGAGAGGUCUGGCUUUUGGAUGUCAAAAUCCCAACCCUACACUUUUUUAUUGGAUCAUGCUUGUAAGUGUUUCCACUUAGAGGAAAAAGUUUGUGAAAAAUUGAAAUUUGAGGCAAUAUUAGGGAAAUUUAUCUUUGGAUGUGGAAGCACUGACUAAACAAAAUGGCAUCCGGUUGUUAGGAAAAUUAAAAAAAAAGUUUAAAAAUAAAGUUAAAACCGACCUACCCUACCUAAGUUUUUAUAGGAAGAAACCGGAAAUCCACAUAUUUGUUUUUGGCCUUACGCUGUACAUGCCACAUAUUUAUACAUGAACCUGUGGUUAGCUCUCGACAACUGUCUCUUUGUAGCUCAGUUAGAGUGAUGCACCGGAAUCGCUGGGCAGGGCCGCAGGUUCAAUUCUUGCCUGAGGUUGCAUUUUUUGCAACUGUCCUGGUUAGAUCUAAUAAAUGUAUAAAAUUUCCAUCUACAAACCCUUCAACAAUUAGUUAUCGAGUGGAAUGCCCGAAAUCCUGUUAAGAAUAUAAGUUCUAUGUUGGUGUCUUCAGUUGGUAAUAAUGUUUUUGUUCUCUCAGGAACCAAACAAAACAGGAUGAAAGAGGUCACAAGGUUGCAGUUGAAUCAGCAAAGGUACUAGUUUCACACGCUGUCUCUGUAAACCUGGUUUUCCUACUGGUUCUUCACAGUAACUUUUAAUAGAGGUUUUAUUCAACUAAGAAUUUUGCUUAAACGGGGUAUCAAAGUCAGAACUAAACAUUUGAUUGAUAUGCAAAAUAUUUGACUGAUUAACAUUAGUGCUAUGUGCCAGAGGCUGGAGUUCAGCCAGACGUCCAUGGCAUUUUUUGGUUGCCUGGAGCCAGAGUUGUGCUUUCUCCCUGCUCGUGAUUGAAGGGCAGGAUAACUAGAAAUGUGACAAUUUUGUAUAAUUCGCAUUGGGUACUGCAAAAUUGCAAUGAGUUGCAGGAAAAGUUGCAAAUCACAAUUUCCAUGCUUUGAUACGCUGCAUUAGGUCAGCUUACUGUACCUUGGGGACAACAUUGAGCCGAAUAAUAUCCACAGUUAUCCAGUUAAAUAGACUUUAUCCCCUGUGUUGUGAACCAAUGCAGCCGGAACUUGAGAUUUGAGUUGUACAGGAGCCGGAGAUAUGAGCUGUAAAGCGGCCAGAGCAGAAAAAACCUUAGUUACAGUAGCAUAGCACUGACUAACAUUUUGUAAUGUUAAAUAAUACAGUAGUUGAAUCUCUUCUUGCAGGCAUCCCUCUAUAAACUGUAAGACAAUUUCCUAUUUGUUCAGAAAAUGUUUUUAUAUUAAUUUUCUUUAAAAAUACCAACUCUCUAAUUUGUAUAAUGGACACUAUACAGUAAUGGUUCUUUGCUAGACACUGUUUUUUGAACUGCCAAAAUAUAGCCUGACCCAACUGUGAAGGAAAUUAUUGUUAAUUUUUCUUGUGACUUUCAUGCAUUUCAUUCCAUAUGUAUUUGCUCAACCACAGUCCUUUUUUACUAUUAACUCUGGUGUUAACGCUUUGAAGAAUAUAAGGAUACUAGCAUGUGAUAAACAAAUGAAAUUAAACAAUAUAGUGUAUAGGAUUUUGCCUGCAAUUAUAUUUUUGAUUUGGCAGUUCAAACUCUAAACCUUCGACUCUAAGCGUUCCGCUCUCCAUCGUAAAUCUUGGCUGUAUGCACAAGGAUUAUGACAAGUCUUUCUGAUUAAAUACAGGGAACAGCAAACACUGCGUGUUCCCAUUUCCAUUUUCGCGCUUAGAGUUUAAGGUUUAGAGUUUCGAAGGACAACCUUUUUUGAAUUAUCUGCAUACAAUUUUCAGACCUAUAAAACCGGAGCAGCUACUGUAGGAAAAAUGCUAUAUACUAUAAGGCACUCUUGCAGGUUCGAUUACAUAUUUCAAAACUUUAGAAAGAAAAAAACAACUUUUAUUGAUCCAGGCAAGAUGUCCAAAAAACAUUUCCAUGCUUAGAAACAAGCUACAUGUUGGUAAGAUUACCUUGGAAUUUUUCGGCUUCUGAACAACCUGCCCACAUGCAUGCAUGCAUGCACGAGUACUGUUCCAGUUGAACAAAAUAGCGUCAUGGUAAAACAAGUGAGAUUUAGCAGGAAUGCAUGCAGUGCACUUUAUUCACAGAGUAACGGGACUUAUGAAUGUUUGCUUUUUACUGUAACUUUUGAACCAUUACUGCUAAGCUGAACUUUUUAAUGUUUAGAAAACGCCUGGACACCCUCACACCAAAGAAGCAAACCUUAUCAAGUACAAGAAUAAAUACCGGCGUUUAAAGAAACUUGCGAAAAGACUGGUAUUUGUAAGUAUACAAAAUUACCAUUGAUAUAAUUGGCUUUUUG